AUGGCUCCGAAGCUGCGCACCCGCUCGGCGGUGGACGACGACAGAUCGGCAGCGGACAAGACGCCCAAGGCGAGGAAGGGCGGUGGCAAGGGCGACGGCAGCGGCAAGAAGCGCCCCGCCAACAUGAGCACCGAGAAGGAGACCAACGCCAAGAAGGCCAAGGGUAAGAAGGUCAAGCAGGAGGUCGAGGAGCCCAUGGCCGCGGUGGUCAAGACAGAGAUUGCUGCGGACGUGAAGCCCGCUAAGGAGCCCGUCGCCGACGCUGGAGUGAAUGAGGGGGGCCUCGCCGCGCUGAAGAAGCUCAAGGAGCCGAAGUCCGUGAAGGUCGCCAGGGAGCAGCUCGCGGAGAAGCAGCAGCUCUACAGCUGCCUGUCUUCGACCCUGAAGACGCACGCGCCCUCCUUGCACGAGAAGUACCUGGCAGCCAUGAGCGACGCCGAGCGUCGCUUGUGGCUCACGCGCUUCAUCAUCGACCCGAACAGCGGCGGCUGCAGUGGCUCGACCAAGACG